AAUCACUUGGUGGAGAUUACCGUGUUUAACGGAGGGUAUUAUCGUCCAAAAAAUACCUGUGAUGAAGCUAAAAGGGAUCAAUGGCGGAAGGAAAGGAAAGUGAAUAGAGGCCUCAAAAACCUCAAAAACCCUCUCUGUUUCUCUCUCUCUUUCUCUCUGUCACUCAGUCACUCAGUCACUCACCCACACACACUAGAACUUCACUGUGGAACCUUCAUCCAUUCAUCAUUGAAGGGUAGUACUCGUAAUUUGACCGAAGAAAUGGCGACUCAUCAUCUUCCCGACCACUUCAAGUGUCCAAUUUCCCUAGAAAUAAUGUCGGACCCUGUAAUCCUCUCUUCCGGUCACACCUUCGACCGUUCCUCAAUCCAACGUUGGCUAGACGCAGGCUACAGAACAUGUCCAAUUACCAAGUUGCCCCUCCCCGACCAACCUUCCCUUAUUCCCAACCACGCGCUCCGAAGCUUAAUCUCCAACUAUACCCUCCUACCCCCUCUUCACCAAACCAUUUCCCAACCUCAAACCCUAAUUUCCACCCUCACUUCUCCCUCUUCUUCCCCCGAUUCCAAAAUCGAUUCCCUCCGCCACCUCACGCGCCUCUCCAAGCGUGACUCCGCCUUCCGCCGCCACCUUGCUGACUCAGCUGCCGUCCCCGCCGUCCUCGCCGCCGUCGUCGACCCUGCUCUCCAGGAGAAGGCGCUCCCGCUUCUGCUCAACCUCACCCUCGACGACGACUCUAAGGUCGGCCUCGUCGCCGAGGGCGUCGUCGCGCGCCUCGUCGCCGUUCUCCUCAACGCUUCGCCUGACUGCCGCGCCGUCGCGGCCACCAUCGUCACCAGCCUCUCCGUCGUCGAGGUCAACAAGGCCACCAUCGGCGCUUUCCCGGCGGCGAUCGCGGCGCUCGUGGCGAUACUCCGUGACGGAAAAGGGAGGGAGAGGAAGGAGGCCGCCACCGCGCUUUACGCUCUCUGCUCCUUUCCGGAUAACCGGAGAAGAGCCGUGAGUUGCGGCGCUGUGCCGAUUCUGUUGCGGAACGUAGAAAUUGGAUUGGAACGGUGCGUUGAGGUAAUUGGCGUUCUGGCGAAGUGUAAGGAAGGGAGGGAGCAAAUGGAAGGUUAUAACGGUUGUGUUCAGAUUCUAGCUCGCGUUUUGAGGAACGGAAGCUCCAGGGGGAUUCAGUAUGCCCUUUUCGCACUUACUUCACUUUGCUUGUAUAGCCAGGAAAUGAUGCUGUUAGCUCUUGAAGAAGGUGUUCUGGAAGCUUCUAUUGUGUUCGUGGAAGAUGAUAAUGAGAAGGUAAGGAGGAAUGCGUGUAAUUUGAUUCGGGCUCUCCGUAGCAACAACAGCAACCACGAUCGGGUGGAGUGAUUAUGGAAAAUGAAUGGAACUGGGAUGUAUGAAGUAUCAGUUUUGAUGGGAAGAAAGAUUUGUUUGUCUCUCCUCAGUGGAGGUGAGUUGUUGUUUUUUGUUUAUUGGUUCUGCCAUGUUGGGUGGGUCCUCUGUACAAAAUGGAAAGAAGAUCAUUUUUUUUUUGUUUUGAAUGUGAUAGGGUUCUUUUGUAUGUUGUUGUAUAUUGAAUAAUGAUGAUGAUGGGCUAGCUCUCUGGUGUUAGUUUGGCUGUUCUGAAUGGGAAAGUUAAAUCCUUUGAA